AUGCUUUCCCUCGGUAUGGCUUUGCACGUUCCUCAACAAGAGGCGCAAUUGACCACUGCUGUGGCAAGUGCUACGGCAACUUCCGUCUUGGCAUACCGGGAAGGUCUUGUUGAUUACCUGAACGCAAAUCCCAGUUUUGUAGGCACAGUUGCAGAUGCUGGUUUCACACCUAUAUGGGGCGCGAAUCGAGAUCCAGCGUGGACAAAUGUUGUCGUGUCGGGUGGGACUUUGUAUGUUUACGAAUCAGCUGUUAGUACAACGCCGCUUUUGCUCGACGUGCUGUACGAGAAAACCAAUAAAUCAUUUCUUGUAGGUCGCAAUGCGUCCGGAGCACUUGUUAGUGCGACCGGCUUUUCUACAGGAAUCACGGUGCCCGCUGCUGUGCCAAACGGCGCAAUCACCAUAGUCGGCAAAUAA